AUGAGUUUACCAAAUAGUGUAGACAUGUCAAAUUUAAUGUCCCAGCAUCCUGUAUUAGGCGCUUUGCCUCCUGCUUUUUUCCUUCGUGCCGCAUCUGAAAGAUAUCAAAGAACACCAAAGUGUGCUAGAUGUAGAAAUCAUGGAGUGGUUAGUGCUUUAAAAGGUCACAAACGUUACUGCAGAUGGAGAGAUUGCAUGUGCGCGAAAUGUACCUUAAUUGCUGAACGUCAACGUGUAAUGGCUGCUCAAGUUGCGCUACGACGUCAACAAGCUCAAGAGGAAAACGAGGCUCGUGAAUUAGGUUUGUUAUACACAUCAAAUGGAAUGCCAGUAGGUUCUAGUAGUGAAAAUACAAACGGUACUUCUCGAAAAGAUCGGAACUACCAUUCUGGUAUCCCUUCACCUCCAAAUGACUCAGAUGGUGGAGUUAGAGAACGAAAUGGAUUUAACGGAAACGAUUCAGAUAAUGAGACAAAUAACCAACAUCAUGCACAAAGAUUAAAGGGUGAACGUGUCAGUGCAACUUACUCUCCCGAACAAAGCGAACCAGACAGUCCAGGAUCGAAACGUCAAAGAAUAUCAGUAGAAACAGAUCACGAUACAGAGUCUGAAUCCUCUCCAAGUAGUCCUCGACACAAAACAUCGGUAUCUUUCGUGCAACAUAACUCUCCAACUCGCACAAAUCCACCAAGCUCUCCCGAAUCUGAUCUCGAUGUUGAUUCGGCACCAGAUGACGUUGCUCCUGAGAACCUCAGUUUGAAGAAAGAGAAUUCAAAGUCCCCAAUUUUAGCGGGAAAUGCAGGAGGUGUCGUAGGAUUUAUGCCUUAUCACACACCUGUAUCAUCUCCAUACAAUGCCACCAGUUUGUCAACUUCACCUUCUCAUAGGUCACCCGUAGAUGUUUUAUUAAGAGUAUUUCCAAAUAGAAGACGCGCUGAUAUUGAGCAAACCCUUCAGAGAUACAGAGGCGAUGUAGUUCAAGCCAUGGAAGCAAUGCUCUGCGGAGAAGAUGUUUUGCAAACAUUAAGUGCUGCAAAUUCUUCGCCACCGUUUUCGGUAAAGUCUGCAUUUUCACCCUUAUGCCCUCCAGGAGCAUUUGGAGCCGCAGGCCGAUAUCCAUUUAUGCAACACCCAACUCAAGCUAAAAGAUUUCUUGCUGCUCCAUACUCUGGUACUGGGUAUUUGUCAACGAUACUUUCGGACCAACAGUCAGAACAAUCAGAUACAAAUGGCAAUACUUCAAACGGAGAGUCGCAAGAUUAAUAAUAUUUUGCUUUGUAAACGUAAAUUCAAUAUUAAAGGAACGCAUCACUCGUACUGUUUAAUAACUUCAAAAUUCAAUAUAAAUC